AUGAGUAAUAAUAUAAGUCUUGGUCAACAUGUCUUAAUAAGAUUACCAUCAGAAGGUUUGAGAGUAAUACAAAUACAAGAAUCAGGUAUUAUUAAAUUAGGUAAAUUUGGUUCAUUUCAAGUUUCAAAUAUAAUUGGACAUCCUUUGGGUACGUCAUUCGAGAUUACAGAUGACAAUGGUGUCAAAGUUAUUAAAAGUUUAACAGAACAAAGUACCACCGCCGAAGAAAUUGAAGAUAGUGAAGAAGUUCAAAAGGAUGUCUUAACCAAAAUGUUCAGUAAUAGUGCAGAAAAUAAUCAAAAUAUUAUAGAUAUUGGUUCAAAAGUUCAAAACUUAACAAAAGAAAAUAUUGAUGAAUUAAAAAAAUCAGGAGCUUCUUCACAAAUUGGUCAAUUAAUUAUUGAAAAAAUGAUUGCAGGUCAUGAAGGAUUCGAUAAAAAGACCAUAUUUUCACAACAAAAGUAUUUAAAAAGAAAACAACAAAAAUUUUUAAGAAGAUUUACCGUGGAGCCAUUGACAUCGUCAAAUUUUUUGGAGUAUUACAUCGAUAAAGACCCUUCAAGAAUAUUGAAUAUAAGUGUUGAGACUUUGGGGUUAAUGAUGACUUAUAGUAAUGUAAAACCAGGUGGAAAAUAUUUAGUAAUUGACGAAACUGGUGGUUUACUAGUUUAUGCCAUGCUUGAAAGAAUGGGAAAUGAAGGAACGAUUGUCUUAUUACAUGAGAAUGAACAUGCCAACACAGUUGCAUUAAGAUACUCAAGUAUGCCAGAAGAACAACUAAAUAAGAUAGUAAAACCUGUCAAUUGGUUACAAUUUGUAGAACCAGAAACUGAAAAGAUAGACUGGAAAGAUGAAGACCCAGUACCGACCAAACCGAAACAUAGAGAACACUAUUUGAAGAAGAAAGAAAGAGCUACAAAUGUUAAUGAUGUAAUAAACUUAGUGCUAGAGGGAAAUUUUGAUGGAUUUGUAUCAAUGACAACCUUACACAUGCCAGAUGUAUUGGAAUAUAUAAUACCAAAAAUAGGUGGUUCAAGACCAGUUGUCAUUUAUAAUCAAUACAAAGAGCUCUUAGCAGAAGUUCAGCAACAAUUUACAAACGAUCGUAGAAUACUAGCGUCGUCGAUAUUCGAAACAAGAGUCAGACCCUAUCAAACAAUACCUGGCAGGAUGCAUCCAUUAAUGACAAUGAAAAGUUUAGGUGGUUAUGUAUUAUGGGGAACAAAAGUUAUACCUGAUGAUUCUGUUCAAGCGAUUGGUAAAGGUGUGAAAAGAAAAAGAGAAACUUCCGAACAACCAAUAGAUUCAACUGCCGAAAACACCCCAGCGCCAAUAUCAAAUCAAGAAAUAGAAGAAAAUGUAGAUAUAGAUGUUUCAUAA